CGGCUGAGCAGUAGUAGACAGUCGUUGAUCGCGUCGAAUAGAGUAGUAUCACAUGAUAUUUUUCCUAAUAUCACCCGGAUUUCUCACUUGAUCAUUGUUUAUUCAAACUCACAGAAUCACAGGUUACUGGUUCUGAUUGAAUUCUCACACCUUGUGUAACAUUCAACGUGACUCAAGUGACAUUUGAAUUUUAAAUCACCUAUCAAUGGAUGUAGAUAAAUGGACGUGUCCCAACGAUAGACAUCUUGCACUCCGUGCUAAGUAAGUAACAAACCUUGAACUGGCCGUUGUAAAUUUGUACACUAUCUGUGACCUUUGUUGGAACUGCACUAUAGGCAUAUAACUGGAAUUUGUACCUGUAUAAAAUAUGGCUGUGAGAUCUGGUGGAAUUAAGAAGUGGACAUGCCCAGAUGACAGACAACUGGCCCUCAGGGCAAAGUUGGGAACUGGUUGGUCCUUCCACACAAAUGAAGCGAGUCGAUAUCGUAAAAAUGAAGGAUUAUCACGGGAAGAGCAGGACUCUAUUCAGAGAGUUCUGGAAAGAGCGGAUAGGCUGGAAAAAAUGGAGGAAGAGCGGAUUGGACGCCUGGUUGAGAAGUUAGAUAAUAUGCGUAAAAAUGCUCUCGGUAAUGGCAAUACACAGUGUGUACUAUGUGGUGACGAGUUUGGUCUAUUAGGCGCCUCGCCGCUCGAAUGUCAUGAUUGUGGAAAGGCUGUGUGUACAAAAUGCGGUGUGGAUACAACGAAUAGCCAGAGAGAUGCCAUUUUGCUUUGCAAGUUAUGUAGCGAGCAUCGAGAGAUGUGGAAAAGAUCUGGUGCAUGGUUUUUUAAAAGUAUUCCAAAAUACUGUCUACCGGAAAAGAAAAUGGAUACACAGAAAUAUCAGACUGUUGGGGGCAGGCGAAUCGAAGCAAAGACAAGAAAUCGUAAACCAGGAGGUGGUAGGAACUACAACACCUGGUCACGGGCUGGAUACGCAAGUGAAUCUGAAUCUGAAUCUUCUAGCAGUUCCGAUGAUGAAGUCAGUAUUGGGCGAAAGCGGAAACCAAAGCGACAUGAUUCAGAUCUCAGUCGUACAAGUUCAGUACGUUCUGCCACAAGUGCAUCAGCAACAAUUGAAGAAGAUGAUGUAGACAGAGCAUUCAACCAUUAUGGGACCAACGAUAUCCGUGGCUCUGGGCGUGGUUAUCACUCACAGCAUCCAUCGUACUCACAGCACCAGACGCCGUACUCACAACAACAACAACAACAACAACAUCAACCAGCGUAUGCCCAACAGCAGUCACCAUAUGCACAAGAAUCGUCGGCUCCACACAGUCCAGUUAAGGAAAGAGAAAUCACGCCUCCUCCACAGGAAGUUUUACUCGAGUCUAGUCCAGAUGAUGACUUUGGAACUCACCUUGGCACCUUAGAAUAUUCAGCUUUGUAUGAUGGCAUAAACAAUGCAUUACACAUCACAAUACUAAGAGCCAAAGGACUGAAAGCUAUGGAUUCUAAUGGAUUAUCAGAUCCAUAUGUCAAGUUACAUCUAUUGCCGGGAGCAAGCAAGGAAAUCAAAUGUAAUUCUAACUUUAUAGCGAUACUGAAAGCAGCGAAUGCUUGGACAGAGAUAUUAUCUGUCUUGGAUGAGGAUAAAUUUGGUCACAAUGAUUUCAUUGGAGAACAUAGAUUGCCACUGAAGAAGCUCACACCGCACCAAACCAAGAACUUCAAUGUCUACUUAGAAAAACCACUUCCGCUUGAAAAGGAUGAUGAACUCGCAUCAGUGAUCCGAGGUAAAACAGUUUACCUAAAAUAUGUUACUAGACAACAGCAGUUAGUUGUUGGUAUUGUACGAUGUGUCAUUCUCUGUACAUGUUCUGUUUGUAGUUAUCUGAAGCCAGAUCAGGGCAAAAGAACAAAAUUCAAGACUCCAAUUAAAAAGAAGACUCUCAAUCCUGAAUUUCAUGAAGAGUUUGUGUAUGAUGUAAAACUGAGUGAAUUGGCAAAGAAGACAUUGGAGUUGACAGUCUGGGAUAAAGAUAUCGGAAAGAGCAAUGACUAUAUUGGUGGCAUUCAGCUUGGUAUCCAUGGCAAAGGUGACAGACUGAAGCAUUGGUUUGAAACAUUAAAGAACCCAGACAAAAAGUUUGAGAGGUGGCACACGCUAUCAGAGGAACACUUUGAUGAUGCUUAAUAUUAUAUUUAUGUCAAAAAAUGUGUAGUAUAUCACCAAAUAUAAAUAUAUAAUAAAUAAUAUUAAUCUGAAAGAGCCUUAAAAUAUAUAGUUAAUAAUAUUAAUCUGACAUAGCCUUACAGUUUAUUACUGUGGUGCUGAUAUCCUGCUGUUGUUAAAGAAUUAAUGUUCAAUGUAAAUUAUUGGCAGGAAAUGAAACUGGCAAAUUGUACAUUACCGUAACAUUCUCAGUUUUCCCAUAAGACAUUUAAAUGCAUAGAUAUUUAGAUUUUUAAUUGUACAUAUAUGGUACUGAUGAAAUUUAAUGUUGCUGGAGCUAUGAUGUCACAAGAUUGUGUAUUUUAACCCCCCCCCCC